AUGAAGGUCGAAUUUGCCCCUCUCAAGAUUCCCCUGGCGAGGAGGCUGCAGACAGCUGCUGUGCUUCAAUGGGUCUUCUCCUUUGUGCUCCUAGCACAAUGUUGCUGUAUGAUCUUCAUAAUUUUUCUUUUUGGAGAUUAUUGGGUCAUCUCAGUCUUUUAUGCACUUUGGCUCUACCUUGACUGGGAAACACCGCACACUGGAGGGAGAAGAUCCCAGUGGAUAAGACAGUGGACUGUCUGGAAGUACUUUACGGAAUAUUUUCCAAUUCAUCUCAUAAAAACCUCUGAUUUAGAUCCAAGUCAAAACUACCUCUUUGGAUUUCAUCCUCAUGGUGUCCUUGUUGCUGGAGCCUUUGGAAACUUUUGCACAGAGCACACAGGGUUUAAGACGUUAUUUCCAGGUCUGACUCCCUACCUUCACAUCUUUCAUUUCUGGUUCAAAUGUCCUUUCUUCAGAGAUUAUAUAAUGGGUGGUGGGAUGGUUACAUCCUCCAAGAAGAGUGUGUCUCAUGUGUUAAGCAGUGAAAAAAGUGGAAAUGUUGCAGUUAUCGUAAUUGGUGGGGCAGAAGAAUCUUUGGAUGCCCAUCCUGGAAGCAUGACUCUUAGUAUCCUCAGAAGGAAAGGAUUCAUUAAGAUGGCUCUGAAACAUGGGGCUCAACUUGUCCCAGUGUUUUCUUUUGGUGAAAAUGAACUGUACAAGCAAAUCGCAAAUCCAAAAGGAUCCUCGCUGAGAACAUGGCAAGAUAAAUUUCGGAAUAUAAUGGGGUUUACUCUGCCUCUCUUUCAUGGCAGAGGGAUCUUUCAGUAUAGCUUUGGUUUUUUGCCUUUUAGGAAACCUAUUUAUACUGUUGUUGGAAGUCCUAUUGCUGUGAAACAGAAUCUGAGUCCCAGUCCUGAAGAGAUUGAUCAUCUCCAUCAGAAGUAUCUACAGGAGCUAAAGAAGCUAUUUGACCAAAACAAAGAAAGAUAUGGGAUACCAGAAAAAAUCUCUCUCAUCUUUACCUAA